AUGACUGCCGGAGGAAGGGCGCCCGGGCCCGCAGCGGGCGGGGAGAGCGGCUGGUUCCGCUUCGGCUUCCACUGGGGCNAGACGCACGUGCUGCUGCUGCGGGAGGAGGCGCUGGAAGCCUGGCCCGCCGCGACGGGGCCGGCCGCGCUCCUGGACGGGCAGCCCGUUUGGCGGAGGGAGCUGCGGGCGGAGGAGGCGGCGGCGGCAGAGCUGCCGCUGGUCCCCGGCGGCUACGUGGCCCCCCGGCCGCCCUUCUUCACCGCGCUGCCCGCCGCCCUCCCGGCGCGCCGGCUGCUGCUGGGCCUGGAGCACGCGCUGUUGUUGGUCGCCGGCGGGACGCUCUUCUCGUGGGGCGGCGGCAGGCACGGGCAGCUCGGGCACGGCGACCUGGAGAGCCGGCGGGAGCCGCGCGCGGUGGAGGCGCUGCAGGGCUUGGCCGUGGCGGAGGCGGCGGCGGGCGGCUGGCACUCGGCGGCCGUCAGCGAUGCGGGCGACCUGUAUUUGUGGGGCUGGAACGAGGCCGGACAGCUCGGGCUGCCCUCCAAAAUGUCCACCGAGAGUGGAGCAGCAGCAGCAGCCAGCGAGGAGGCCGCUCGGGCCCCGCCGAAUCGCCCCCUUUGCCAGGGCAGCGACGGGCUGGACGUGGGGGCUGCGGACGGGCCCGGAGGCGACGAGGUGCCCUUCGUCUCGCUGCAGCCCUUCCCCGCCCUGCUGGACUUGCCCGAGGAGGCCGAGGUGCGGCGGGUCAGCUGCGGGUCCCGACACACGGCCGCCGUGACGGGUACCGGACAUCUCUACACCUGGGGCUGGGGGAAAUAUGGCCAGUUGGGCCACCAGGAUGCGGCCACCUCUGACCAGCCGAGGAGAGUUUGCUACUUUGUGGAGAGGAAUCUGAGAGUGCAGGAUGUGGUCUGUGGUCCGUGGACCACAUUUGUCCAAGCCGAGGCUGCCGAGAGUGGGCCCUGAAUGUGCCACGUCCGCCACGCGUGUCUUUGGAGGCAGAGCUGCUUCACGGAGCUCAAUCUUGGCUCAAUUGUCCCGGGACGUCCCGGGAGCGAGAAUUGGGG